UCUUCUGCAGGCCGGAGAGACCAGGUUUAAUGCAAUCUGGACAGAGUCUACAGAUAGAGAAGAGAGGGGAAGAGCAGGAGACCAAGCAAGGUUGAGUGACAAUGCUUAAACUUUUCUCUUCUACCAGACAGUGCGAAAAAGGACAAGUGAGGGGGAGAGAAAAUGAAAGAAAAGGAUACAAUGACAGAAAAUAGGGUGAGAGGGAGGCAGUGACACAGAGAGGUGGAGGGUGAAGCAUAGAUUUAGAGUUAGAAAAUAGCAAGGAAAGAAAAAGACAGGAGAGUGGAAGAGUGCUACUGUAUGGACGAGGAGCAGAAAGUCAGUGGACAUUACAGCUUGCAGACUGACAAACACAGCGGGUGAGGGACUCAGAUACAGCGAGUGAGGGGAACAGAUACAGCGAGUGAGGGGAACAGACGUGAGGUGUGAGGGUCAUAGAAUCGUGGGUGAGAGGUGUUGGCCUCCUAUCCUGUCAGUUUCAGCCACCUUUGGCUCUUCUAAAUGUCUGAAACAAACUCAGGCAUGGACACACAGUCUCUGCUUCUCUCCCUGCUGCAGAGGAUGCAGAUCAACUCCUCUUCAUCUUCCUCCUUCACCACUGAGAACAAUCAGGACAGACAGCAGUCUCUGCAGGGAGGAGAUUCUGUGAUUAUAAAUAAUUUGGAGGAAUCUCUCCCCCUUGCUGUGGAUUGGGACCCCACCAGUGGAAUCCCCAGGUGGGAAAAGAGACAGGCACUCCCUCCUCCUGACCAUCUGGAUGCACUUAUCCAUAAUUGCCAAGAGGGAAAGGAAAAUGAGACACCUGAGACCCUCUCCACACAGGGCCCUCUCGGCGCUCGUCUUGGGAACAGUGUCCCGUCUACAAUGUUGGAACACAAUCCCAAAAGAGACAAUCAGCACAGACUUGCCAAUUUGGUGGGUGACAAGACCAGAUGGAACACGGGGAGCUCAUUCGGCACUUCAGUUAUUUUGAGAGACCCCGUGUGGAUGUCUCCUUGGGGGAUGGGUGCAGGGCCCCCUCCUCGUUUGGAACAGGAACAGGAUGGAGCCAGGGAGGGGGGGGAGAUUCUUUCCCCUGGCCCAUGCAGGGAUAUUUCAGAUCAAAACUCUACAGAUGCCAGCAACCCAACUGGACCUCUGGAAAAGAGCACAUCUGGACUUCCCUUAAAUCCUCAGCAGUGGACAGAUGCCUCCCAAGAAGACAGCACAGUAGGUGACCCCAUUACAUCACCUUCAGCUCUGAAACAGACCAGAAAUCCUACUGCUGCCACUGACAUUCUAAACCCUGUUGAUACCUCUGGAGGCUCCAAUUCAGGAACUCAGAACAUGGUGGCCAGACACCCUCCACUGGGCCCAAAUUUUGAGUGGGGUGGGAAGGGGGAUUUUGGGGGUGCUCCUGGUGUGGUGGAAUGGGACGAUACCAAGGGAAGCCUCAGACCUCAUCAGAAUGUGUGGGAAAAUACAACCACCAAGAUGAAGAGGAGACGGACUGGACAGAAAACAGCCACAUGGACUGAAAGAAUAAAGGACAGGUGGAGGGACAGGCCCAAGAGUUUAGGGAAAAACAAGGUGGGGCAAAGGAGCGGGCCAGAUGGAAAGGUAAGGGAAAGAGGAAAAGAGGAGAAAGAGAAGUCACAGCAGUCCAGUCAUUUAACCUGGCAUCGGAUUAUGGAUAAAAAUAUCAGUGACGCACCCACUAAGGAGGAGGAGUUUAUAUCUCAGUCACCAAUUAGAGAAUGGCCAAACCAUGCCCCUCCCACUCAGGCUCAACGGAGGACUGAAAGUCACAUGAGCACUUUCAAUGAACUUGAAUGCAGUUUUCCUCCAACCAACUUGAUGGAAGACAUCUUUACAGGGGAGGAGUGGCCUAAUUCUCAGUCUGUUAGAAGAAGCCCCUUUACCAUUGAGACCACAAGCCAAUCAGCAACAGGGGGAGAUUGUGUCACUCAUCCUAACCAGAAUAAUAACCAACCAGAGAUGAGUGAAAUGCAGACAAUUCCAUUUGAGUUCUGGAGCACAGACAGUCAAUGGGAUAUUGUUCCAGGAGACAACCAUAUCAUGGACAGAAACACCAUGAAGUUGUAUACAAACACUCAGCCAGCAGCCAAUAAGAAGUCCAUUGAACACAUGCUCAUCCAGUCCAUGGCAAGUUCUGUCUCAUGUAGGUCUUACCAGGUGCAGGCCAGAGACCAAUCAAGGGAAUGUAUUUCAGAGGCUUCUUCCAAGAUCUUCACAAAGCCAGUGGAGGUUCUGGAUUAUUCUGUCCAAAUGAGCCAUGUCCAUUCAAACAGGAAGAGAGAACACUCCUCAGGAACAAGAAACAGUAGAGGGCCAAUGAGAGGGCUAGGCGGUAGGGUGGAGCCAGGAGAGGGGGAUUCCACAGUUAAUACUCACUUGCAGACAGCAGAGGGCACAAAUGAGGAAAAAGUGAAUACGAUAUCGCUGUAUGAUUUUCAAGACUCAUCGAUGCCUCUCCCACCACGAUCCACCUUUCAGUCCUCUGCAGUCCAUGACUCGGAGUCAUCUACAUCUAGUGAAACGGUCAUUAAGAAGAGAAAGAUGGCAGACGGGAGGGAGGACACACGCCACGUUCGCUUUGCCGAGCAGCCAGUGUUUUUGCCUGAUCUCCAGCCGUUUGAGAUAAUCACCCCGAAACAAUCAAACAAAUCUGGUCUACAAGCCUGGAUCCUGGCUCUGAAAGGAAAGACAAAACGGAAAUCCCAACACUAAUUCUAAACCAACCUCAUGUGUAAACUGUGCAUACAAUAAUUUAAAGUCAAACAUGGAAAAUGUCCUGCUGUGUGACUGUAACCAGCAGGACCUAAGAAAUGUAACCAUCAAUAAAAAAAACAAUUAGCCCUAAAAAUAUAUUAAAAAGCCUUUGGCUUUGUUUCACAGGGGUCUAUUUUCAUGACUGACAGUAAUUGACUUAAAAUAUUAUAGCAAUUCGUUAUAUUUUCUAACCAAAAUUGAGUCCAGUGUGGCGCAAAAUAUCAUUUUUUUAAACGGGCAAUUUCUCUGGCACCCUUGGGGCUUUUGUCAUCAGACCAUCACCAGGACUUCCAGCAGACACUUGAAAAGCACAUGGCAUGAUCAGAGGCUUGUUUCAGACAUGACAAGUAAAGAGAGGACAAGGAGAUACAGAGAGAGGAUGAAUGCAGAUCAAAGCAGGAGGGAGGAAAUCCAUAGUGGAAGAAUGAGAAAAUAUCAUGAAAAGAAGGCCAGUGGAGAAAGUAACCACACAGCAUAAAACUACUAACCAAAGAAAAGUGUGGAAUGGAAGUCCUCAAAAGCAAGAUGCAGGAAAAGGGAACGGGAUCUAACAGCCAUUUUAAAUCUAACCCCUCCAUCACCUGAGAGUAUAGACAUGCCUGAUGAAGAAGUUCUGGUAUCUCAGGAUGUAAAUAUUCCUUCAACUCUAAGAGCCAAACCACCAAAGAGGGGCCGUCAAAAGCAGUCCAGGGCCAAACUUAAAAAGCUAGAGAAAGAAAAUCAAAUGCUUAAAGCAAAGCUAGAAGUUGAAAAUGUUGAUGCAUUUUAAAUCAGUUGAUUGAUAUUGAAGUUACCAACAUGAAUUAUAUUGUUUUCUGUUUUAAUUAAAUAUGUCCUACCAAGAAAUUAUAUUGUCUUGUGUCCUGUCCUGCUGUGUGACCUUAUAUCCAAUGGUGUGACACUAAUAGAAUGGGAAAUAAUACUUUAUCAAGCUUAAGUUACUGUACUUAAUAAUUAAAACAUUGAAUCAGUUUAUUGUCUUAAUCUGAUGCAUUUUCUGCCAAGAUUUGAAUAAAUUGAGAACAUUCAAUACGUUUGUGUAGAAAAAACGCUGUCACGUCAACAAAUGAGUAAAAAAUAAUGUAUAAAUUCUAUAGAUUUGUGAAAUAUACUGUACUGUGCAAAAGUCUUAGGCACCUGUAUAACAUUGUCCAGAUAAGAUUCUUUCAAAAAUAAUUCAAUGAAAGGUCCUAAAUAAACAUACAAUACAUUUUACAUUACAUUUUAGUAAUUUGGCAGAAUAGUUCAAAACUGAAUCAAAUAACUUCAGUUAAGAGCUUCUGAUCUCAGACAGCCUUGAUGAAGUUUUUAUGUAAAAAGUAGCCAAUUGCUUACAGUAAUGUUACUAUUUAAAUUAAAUACAAAAAUGUCUGUAAAAUUAAAUCUUUUGGAAAAUGAAUAUUUGGAAAUCUCAAAUGUGUUAUUUUAUACUAACACACACACAAAAGUAAACAUAUAUAAUAAAGUCUAGGGUGCCUAAGACUUCUGCACAGUACUGUAUGUGAUGAAAUAUUUAAACAAGUGUCUAUUAAUUAUAGUGGGUAUUCUCACAGCCCAAAAUUCAUUUUAUAUUUUUAAUAUUUUAAACCUAAUGUGAUGUCACACUGCAGGACAACAUCUGCAGUGUUGAGAAAGUUGAUAAAAACAUUAAAGACAGAACAUUUUUGGUGACCACUUAUAUUUUCUGAAAGUGGACAAUUUAUA